AUGCCGAUCGUGCAGUUUGCGCCAUUCUCGUCGCUGGUGCAGCCUGCGUUCUGGCAUGCUCUCACGGACCUCAAGAUCGAUGUCCUCCGUCUGUCCGACGAAGCUAUCCCAGUUUCUGGUUCGUACUCUUCUGGUAGAUCAGUGAAGGACAGAGAGACCGGGACCGAAAUUGCUCUCGGGUGCAACUUGAGCGUCGGCGGUGAGGCUUUUCAGACAGCGGUUCAGGCUCCAUCGCACUCUGUGCCUGUAACAGGCGUAUUCAAGAAUUUCAAUACAAUCGAAGAGUUCAAGGCCGCAGAUAAAACUGCGCUUUUCAAUUCGAUUGCAGAUGAAAUCUGGAACAGUAUCGUCGUCGACCGCUCAACUGCGCUCCUAACUCGCUUCCUGCUCAUUACCUUCGCUGAUCUCAAGAAAUACAAAUACUACUAUUGGUUUGCGUUCCCAGCAUUUGUCGCCAAGCCCGCAUGGGAGAUUGACGGGGAGUGGAAGCCGGCAGGGGAGGAAUUCGAUGACGACACAUUAUCCACUAUCCAGAGCCACGUUCAAACAUCCCCCACGCCUUUCUUUCUCAUUCGCCCCUCGCAGAAAUGCGGCGUGCCGGAAAUUGCGUCCCUAGAGCAAUACGACGAGUUCUUCGCUAAUGUUUCGCCCGAACAGCGUACUAUUGCGUUCCUUGAUCCCUCCGCGCUCUCGACGAACCCCGGCUGGCCUUUGCGCAACCUCCUUGCGUUCUUGCGAACAGUGCACCCUGCAUACACGUAUCGAGUGCUCUGCUGGCGCGACGCAGAGCUCCCAGUGAGCGGCGCAUGGAAGAGCCGCUUCGGCGUCGUGCAUCAGGGCACCGGCGAGCUGGCGAAAGAUGCAGAAACGACUAAGCCGGCGGCGGUGGGUUGGGAGAAGAACGUACAGGGUAAAUUAGGUCCACGCAUGGCAGACCUGGCACCGAUGAUGGACCCGACAAGACUCGCGAAUCAGGCGGUCGAUCUGAAUCUGAAGCUCAUGCGGUGGCGCAUUCUGCCUGCGCUUGACCUGGAGAAGGUCGCUAAUACAAGGUGCCUCCUGCUCGGCGCGGGCACGCUGGGUUGCUACGUCGCUCGGACACUAAUGGGAUGGGGUGUGCGCACGAUCACGUUUGUCGAUUCGGCGCGCGUGUCGUUCUCGAAUCCCGUGCGCCAGCCGCUCUUCGAAUUUGAGGAUUGUCUACACGGCGGCAAGCCUAAGGCCGCGUGCGCUGCGGAUAGGCUGAAGAAGAUAUUCCCUGGCGUGAACUCCACGGGACAUAACCUCAGUAUACCCAUGCCCGGACACCCAAUACCUUCAGGCUCGACUGAGCAGACGCGGAAGGACGUACAGACGCUCGAAAAGCUGAUCGACGAGCACGAUGCCGUGUUCCUCCUCAUGGACUCGCGCGAGAGCAGAUGGCUUCCCACUCUACUCGGGGCGGCGAAGGGCAAGAUCGUGAUGAACGCAGCGCUCGGAUUCGACACAUUCCUCGUCAUGCGCCAUGGCGCGCGUGCAUCUUCAGCAACUGCGGGCGGGACAAGGCUUGGGUGCUACUAUUGCAAUGAUAUCGUCGCCCCAGCAGACUCCCUGACCGAUCGAACGCUCGACCAGAUGUGUACGGUGACUAGACCAGGCUUGGCAUCGAUCGCGGCGUCGACGGCAGUAGAGUUACUCGUGUCGUUGCUUCAACAUCCAGAGGGUAUCAACGCGCCCGCGCCACCACCUCAAAGCGGAUCCGGUACAUCAGGCGAUGCACAGGCGUCCGAAAGCGUACUGGGGAUAGUGCCGCAUCAGCUCCGAGGGUUCCUCGCGCAGUUCAGAAACCUACUGAUUACGGGAGCGGCGUUCGAUCGGUGCACAGGGUGCAGCGAAAUGAUAAUCAGAGCGUACGAGGAGCAGGGCUUUGAGAUGCUGUUGAAGGCAUUCAACGAGCAGGGGUAUCUUGAGGCGUUGUCGGGGCUGGAUAAGCUGCAUGACGAGGGAGAGGCAGCGUUGGAGAGUGUGGAUUGGGAUGAAGAUGAAGGGGAGGAUGACUUCUAG